ACUUUUUCAAGUCUGCUGCAUGAUUGGCUAAUUUGGCUCUGUAAAUCAUGCCUGCAAAUCCAAUCUUCUUUGCCGAAACCAAACUCCCACACCAGAAAAACUACGGCGGAGCUCUUUUUCCCGCCGUAUUGUCUCCUACCGCAGCAGUCGAACACUCCCGUAACCGGCCGUCUGUUUUAACGGCGGCCGUUAAGGACCAAAAGCCAUGGCUGGACUCUCUUCUGCACAGACACGGCGCUAUUCUAUUCCGUGGCUUCGACUCUGUAUCAACUGCGUCUGACUUCAACGACGUCGUAGAAGCGUUUGGGUACGAGGAGCUGCCGUACGUCGGCGGCGCCGCUCCGAGGACCAACGUCGUCGGCCGGGUUUUCACCGCCAACGAGUCCCCGCCCGAUCAGAAAAUCCCCUUCCAUCAUGAAAUGGCUCAGGUACCAAACUACCCUUCCAAGCUGUUCUUCUUCUGUGAAGUAGAACCAGCAAAUGGUGGAGAAACUCCCAUUGUUCUAAGUCAUAUCAUCUACGACAAAAUGACCGAAAAAUACCCGGAUUUCGUCGACAAAUUACAUAAACACGGGCUUAUAUAUACUCGUGUCUUAGGCGAAGAAGACGACCCGUCGUCCCCAAUCGGCCGUGGCUGGAAAUCGACAUUCUUGACCAAGGACAAGACUCUGGCUGAAGAAAGGGCUGCUGAAUUGAACAUGAAGCUGGAGUGGACAGAAGACGGAGCGAAAACGAUAAUGGGGCCAAUCCCAGCUAUAAAGAACGAUGAAACGAGGAAGAGAAAGAUAUGGUUCAAUAGUAUGGUGGCUGCUUAUACUGGCUGGGAAGAUAAACGGAACGAUCCUAAAAAGGCGGUGACUUUUGGAGAUGGGAAUGUUUUGCCGGAUAAUAUAAUGUACGAUUGUUUGAAAAUCUUGGAAGACGAGAGUGUAGCUAUCCCGUGGCGGAAGGGUGAUGUUUUGCUGAUCGAUAAUUUGGCUGUUCUUCACUCGAGAAAACCGUUCACCCCUCCUCGGAGGAUAUUAGCUUCACUCUGCAAGUGAAAGAGAAUUGUGUAGUGUAAUAUUUUCUUGAUUUUGUUUUAAGAAUUUAAGACAGUGUUUUGUACUUUGUUUGUGUAUAUUUUGGCAUAUCACAUGAAUGUAAUAAUAAUAAAGGGUGCCUCUGUUAUGAAGGAAUGUGUAUAGUUUACUAAUGAAUAGAGCAGAUUUAUGAAG